ACUUUCAGGACCAUUUAUGAACGGAGCGUCACUGUGAGAUAUGAGUAUGCCACCCUUCAUUUUUGCAUGUAUACAGGCGUUGAUUAACUUCUUCUGACAUAACAUACAGCGUCUCAGAAUGGAGAUGUUCAGCAAAGGACAAAUCAAUCGGCAACAUACAGAUAAAUCCCAGGCCCCUAGGAGACUUCGGUCUACUUGCGACCGUUGUACAAUGCUCAAGGUUCGGUGCGACAAGAAGAAACCCCGUUGUGAACGAUGUGAAUCCGUUCAGCAACAUUGCGUCUAUGGUCCGUAUCGAUGGAAAGGGCGCUCGACAGCAACCCAAGCUCCACUCUCGAGUUCUUAUAUUCGAACCGGAAGACAAGUUCCUUUUAAAGCAGUAGAAGGCUUUGAUCAAUCAACAGCUCGAGAUUUACAAGUAACUGAACACAUGAUUCCUGAGGGGCCUGUGAGCUCAUUGCCGGAGUUCUCUCUAUUCCCAGGGCUGGAACGCGUCUCAUUUGACUUCCACGGUCAGCUUAAUGCUAUGUACCUUGGGAAAGAUGAUAAUGACAGGAACGGAUUAUCGGCUAGGCCAGCUCUACUGGACUACUUCGGCCCGACAACAAACAGCCUAUCGGGUCAAGUGGAUAUCAAGUCUUUAGCUUGCCUGGGAGGAAGUGAAUCGCAUCCCCUACAGGAGGCGGGCGAGUCAGAGUCUUAUUUUUCAUCCCCAGAUUCCUGGAUAUCAAGAAGUAUAUGCCCAUGUGGUAGUCUAGCAUUCAACAUUUUGCAAGAGAUGUACCGCGCUGAAGACACAUGUCGAUUGGAGAGAGGCUCUCGCCUGCCAUCGAACGACCACAUUCUGAAGAUUAAUCGCACAGCAGCUCAAAGCCUUGAGCAGCUUCUAUCUCGAGACUGUACCGACUGCCGUGAGGACAGCAAUAUGCCUUUCUUGAUUGUAACCACAAUGUCAAAAGUCCUAUCAUGGUACCAAGCAGUGUUCGAUCGCAUCAAUCAGCAAUCACCCACCAAGAGCCCUGUUAACCUUAUGGAACCUCUGCCGGCUACACCAAUAUAUUUCGGCGACUUCGAACUUGAUACUGUUGCUGAGCAGCGUAUCACAGCUCAGGUCCUGCUUUGCGAGCUUGGGUAUGUCAGCAAACUUCUGACCAUGAUACGAGAGAGUGCGCUUGGAAGAUUGCACAAUGAGCGAGAACCGAUGGGCACUCUUCUUGGGGCUGUUUCUCACUUUCUAUUGUCAACUUUGAAUGAUCUAACAAGCAAAGUGGAUGAAUUUUGUACCUCUAAACAGUCCUUUCUCGUUUGCUAGGAAGGCAAUGGUGCAUUUCCGAGGCAGUGUUCAGAUAUUUGGCUGCCUAGUACUGUGUAUAUAUCCUGCAUACCCUUACUGUGGCUGUUUCCGAGGUACCUAAGUAGGCAACGACUUGACGUCUAGACUGGCAUAAUAAGGGCUAAACUGGCUCAACUGUAUUAGAUUAGCCUAGCUUAAGCCCUUUUGUUUCCAAACAACUCCACGUUCCUUUGGUCCCGUUAUUUACCAAGGGACUACCUCCACUGUACCUCCAGAGGAUGUGAUUCUAGAGAACUGCAAUUAGACUCGAGCUUAGCACAUAAGAUCCUGUACCAGACAGGGCUGCCGGGCUGUAUUUAUUGUUUACGCCUUAUGUAUCGCCAACGACGCCAAUCGGCGUACGGUAGAAAGGAUUAUUACCAUCGGGUUUACCAU